GAACUGCUUCGCGCGCAUAAUUUUUAUUUACACUCUGAACUUCAUUCCUCGUAUCAGAUUCCUGUAAAAAUAGAUAAUGUCCUCGCCCAAACCACAAAAUUCCAACUCCGACGAGCCUGAAUCUAAAAAGUUGAAAAUUAAUAGUCUAGAAUCGCUCGGUCCAUACAUCAGCACUAAAGACAACGCUAAAAACUUUACCUAUAUAUCAGACAUUCCCCAAAUCUGCAAGGACGAACCAUGUGUACUUGGUGUUGACGAAGCCGGACGAGGUCCCGUGCUGGGGCCUAUGGUUUACGGUAUCGCAUUUAACCCAAAAAGUCAAGCGGAUGUCUUGAAACAAUUGGGAUGUGCCGAUUCGAAGCAACUGACAGAGGAGAAAAGGGACCUGAUAUUUGAUGAUAUAAACCAGAAGGAUUAUGCCGUCCAAAGUAUUGGUUGGGCGGUUGAAGUAAUUUCACCGAAUGAGAUUUCCAUGAGCAUGUUGCGUCGGACAAAGCGCUCGCUAAACGAAGUUUCGAUGGAUUCGGCGAUUGGACUGAUCAAUAUGGCUAUCGAAGCCGAGGUUAAUAUAUCCGAAGUAUAUGUCGACACCGUGGGACCUCCGGAAAAGUAUCAGGCAAAGUUACAGGAACUUUUCCCGAGGUUCAAAAUUACCGUGGCUAAGAAAGCCGAUAGUACCUAUCCAAUUGUUUCAGCUGCCAGUAUAUGCGCCAAGGUUAGCAGAGACCAUGCGCUAAAGGUUUGGAAAUUUCGCGAAGGGAUGCCUUCUGAUAUUGCCUACGGUAGUGGAUAUCCAGGCGACCCUGUGACGAAAAAAUUUCUAUCUGAUAUCGAUCUCGUCUUCGGAUUUCCGAGAUUUGUCCGGUUCAGCUGGUCGACAGCCGGCAAGGCCCUGGAAAAGAAGGCGUACGAUGUAGAGCUAGACGAUGAAGAUGAGGAGCAAGGGCCGCAGAAAGCUUCAUACGGCAGUGCAAAACUUUCUAAAUAUUUUUCCGCGGAUCGCAAUGAGCAACGCAAGCGCCACGAAUAUUUCAGAGAAAGGUGUUUGAAACACGUUGCCGAGAUAUAGAAUGUUGCUAUGUUGUGUCAUACUGGAGCAGACCUAUCUGUAUUUAUUAAUAUUGUAUUAGGUUUUUUUAAUAAACAUUUGAAAAAAGUAUUUCUCUUGAAA